CAGGUCUGCCCCAUUUGAGCGCUCUGACUGCUUCUCAGGUUUCUCCCUGCUUGCUAACUUAGCUUCACUGUCCAUUCGCUUGGAAUCAUGUUCCCCGUUUCCCUACCACCCCAGUGCACUUCACUGCCCUCACGGAAGUCAUACUGGCUGCGCCUCUCGCCUUUCGCGCCAUGUUGGGGUCAUCUCCUCUCUCCUUCCAUACACGCCCGUCCCUCGAGGCUUAUGUACUGUGUGCAUGGAUUCCCAUCGUAUCUUUGACCAGUCCUCAACCUCUCUCCUUUUACUCCAACGGUAGACGACCAGUAAGUUUCUUUGAUAUGCAUACCGGACUUGGGUACCUGCCUCGAUGUUGUUAUGCUCGUUCGCCUGGUUUGGUCUUUUGUCGUGCUUAUGCGAAGAAGGCGAAGACAAAAGGUCUCGUUAAGGACGAAUCGCUUACCGGUCAAAAGAAAGAGUCUGUGCCAGGUUUAGCCUCUUGUCGUACUGAUGCAAAGAAGACGAAGACAAAAGAUCUCGUUAAGGAUAAAUCGGCCGCUGGUGAAACUGAUAAAAAGGAGGGGCCUAACAAAGGGACUGACUCUAAGUCUACGCAUACCCGGUCGCACAUAGACGAGUUCUUCAGGCAGUACCCAGCCUUUGACCAUCAACCGGAAAAGGCCAUAAUGGAGGAGUUCCGUAGGAUGGUCGAACAGCUUCACCUUCGUGAUGACGACCUUGAAGUUGUCCAUCCCCGCUUAAAAUCAGCGAUGGUGCUAGAUUUCAAUGAUUUCUUCGGUACGGAUGCACACGAUUUGCCAUCCUGGUGGGGCCUCUGUGGACUUCUCGAGAUAGACCCUAUUCCAAACACGGUUGAUGAAUGCCAUAAGAAAGUCAAGCAAAUCCAUGUCAACAUUGUUGAUCUCCUUGAAGCCCGCAGACGAGGUCAAGAAAUCAGGAAAUUUCCGAGUCUCGCAGCGCUACGAAAAUAUACGAAGGAAGAGGGGAAGUUCUUUCCGAGGGAGGAUGCGAAGGCGGGCGGCGUCUUGGUUGGACUGUUGCAGCAUAUGUCUGAUCCUCCGAGACAUUUGAACCACAGAAGAUGGCUAUGUAGCCAAACGAAGCCAGAUUUCUCGAAACGGUCAUCCUCUGCUGUCAUCCGGGGUCUCAGGAUAUUCUUGAAUAUACUGUCAUAUCAUUUCACAAACGACCGUUCAGCCAAAUCAGGUCAUUCAGACCACGAAUACAGAGUAGACCAUCCAGAACAUGCCGCCAUGAUUCGCUUCGUGUCAACCACGUGGGAAAAUCCGGUCCUCAUGUCCUCGGAGAAGAACAACACGAGGUAAGGUGUGUUCCACGACCAGAACUCGUUCUAUACAUAUAGUAACAACAUGCAUUUGGGUAUGGGGCUUGACGAACAUACC